CAAAAAAACCGGUCUCGAUUUCAAAAAUCGAACACACAAAAAAACAAUAUUGUUCAGCAACAUUCGAAUCGAAUCGAAAUUGAUUCGAAAAUUCGAACAAAUUAACAAAAAAUAUGAAAUUAGAUCCAAGUACAAUUGCAGCCAAUUUAUCGGCUGCAGCGGCUGCUGAAGCUGAAGCCUUAGCUGCUGCAUCAUCAUCAACAACAAACAUGCCUAUGUUGACACCAUUAACAUCGACAACAACAUUAUCAUCAUCAUCAUCGAUAGCAAUGGCAUCAUCGAUGGCAGCAGCAGCAGCGGCUACCACCACUAAUCAAUCUAUCAGUAUCAAUUCAAAUCUAUCAUCAUCAUUAUCAAAUCCAUCACAACAACAAUCUGCCACUACGACAACAACCAAUAUGACCCACCAUUCUCAUCAUCAUUCAACACAACCAACAUCAACAUCACAAUCGAUUCAAAAUCCUGGAACAAUAAUGACCAAUAAUACUAAUAUGAAUAAUGCUGGAUCAUUACCAACAUCAACAUCGAUGGUGAAUAAAAUAACACCAAAAGAUUCACAAAUUGUUGCGGCCAUUCUGAAAGAAAUGAGUAUUACAGAAUAUGAACCACGUGUUUUACCACAGCUGGUCGAAUUCGCUUAUCGUUAUGUUGCACGUGUUUUGGAAGAUUCACAAUUAUUUUCAUCAUAUGCUAGGAAAAAAGUUAUCGAUACUGAUGAUGUCAGUUUGGCUAUCCAAAUGCAAAUUGAUCGAUCAUUUGUUGGUCCACCAUCGCGAGAUAUUUUAUUAGAAAUUUCGCGCAAUAAAAAUACACAACCAUUGCCACCGAUUAAAUCACAUAAUGGCAUGCGUUUACCAGCCGAUCGUUACAGUCUUGUUCAACCAAAUUUUCGCUUGAUUUCAAAACCGAUCAAUACAAUGACAACAAAUCAAAAUCAGAAUAAUAAUACCAAUAAAUCAAUAUCGAUCAAUAAUAAGUCGUCGUCGCCGGCAAUUCGUCAAUCAUCAUUAUUAUCUAAUACAGGUGCUGGUUCGAUUGGUACUUCAUCAUCAUCAUUUGUUAAUUCCAAAAUAUCUAUUCAAUCUCCCAAUUUGGCUAGUCCAAACACCACUACUUCGAUCAAUCAAAAUGAUUCGAUUUUUGGUAAACGAAAAUUGGAUGAUAUUUAGACAAGGAAAAUUGUUUUAUUUCAAUUUUUGUAAA